AUGGAGGUCGCUCGUACCUCCAUGAUCCAUGCGGUUGCUCCCCAUUUUCUGUGGUCGUUUGCGGUCCGGUACGCUGCGCAUCAGCUCAACCUCUGGCCUCGUGUCUCGUUGCCGGAGACCUCGCCUACCCUGCAUUGGACGGGGGAGGUUGGCGAUGCGUCGCGGUUCCGGGUCUGGGGCUCCCGUGCCUUUGUCCGCGAUACCACCGCGGACAAGCUCUCAUCUCGCGCUGUUCCCUGCCCCUUCCUUGGCUUUCCCCCUGACGCGCCUGGCUGGCAGUUUUACCACCCCACCUCGCGCCGUGUCUUCGCGUCCCAGGACGUCACCUUUGACGAGUCGGUUCCCUUCUACCAUCUCUUCCCCUACCGCACUGCCCCUCUUCCCCCCCCGCCGCUCUUCCUCGCUCCAGGUCCUGCUGAGGGUGGUCCUGCUCGGGGUGCUGCGCCUGGGGGUACUGAGCCUGGGGGUGCGGAGCCUUGGGGUGCUGAGCCUGGGGGUGCUGAGCCUGGGGGUGCUGAGCCUGAGCGUGCAGAGCCUGGGGGUGCUGAGCCUGAGCGUGCGGAGCCUGGGGGUGCGGAGCCUGGGGGUGCUGAGCCUGAGCGUGCGGAGCCUAGGGGUGCUGCGCCUGAGUGUGUGGAGCCUGGGGGUGCUGAGCCUGCGGGUGCGGAGCCUGGGGGUGCUGAGUCUGGAGGUGCUGGGCCUAGGGGUGGUGCGUCUUCACUACGGGAGCCUCUCUCACCACAGCAGCUGCGUGAGUGGCUUGCUCGACGCUCCCGCCUUCGGAGUGGUGUUGCUGGAGCUGGAGGUGCCGGAGCUGGAGGCUUUGGCGCUGGCACUGCUUAUCCUGGAGGUGCUUGUACUGGAGGUACUGGAGUUGCCGGGGCUGGUGGUGCUGCUAGUCGUGGAGGUGCUAGAAGUCUUGCUGGAGCUGGAGGUACUGGGGGUACUGGAGCUACUAGUCCUGGAGGUCCUACAGGUGCCUCGCCACCGCAGUCUAGUCGGCGAGAGCCUCUCUCACCACAGCAGCUACGUGAGUGGCUUCCUCGACGCUCUCGCCUUAUGAGUGGCGCUGUUGGAGCUGGGGGCGCUGGGGCUGGAGGCUCUGGAGCUGGAGCUGCUGGUCCUGGAGGUGCUCGUACUGGAGGUACUGGAGGUGCCGGGGCUGGUGGUGCUGCUGAAACUGGAGGUACUGGGGGUACUGGAGCUGCUGGUCCUGGAGGUGCUCGUACUGGAGGUACUAGAGCUGCCGGGGCUGGUGGUUCUGCUGGUACUGGAGCUGCAGGAGCUGGUGGUGUUGCGGGCUCGGGAGCUGGAGGCGCUGGCGCUGGAGGCGCUGGAGCUGGAGGCGCUGGAGCUGGAGGCACUGGCGCUGGAGGCGCUGGAGCUGGAGGCACUAGAGCUGGAGGCGCUGGAGCUGGAGGUAUUGGAGCCGGAGGCAAUGGAGUCGGAGGCACUGGAGCUGGAGGCGCUGGAGCUGGAGGUACUGGAGCUGGAGGCACAGGAGCUGGAGGAGCUGGAACUGGAGGCGUUGGAGCUGGAGGUACUCGAGCUGGAGGUUCUGUGCAGCAGCGACCGUUUUUUGAGCCGCCGCCGCAGCUGUCUGAGCUUCCGCCCGAGUCGGUGCUCCGCCAGGUUCUUAGUCUUCCUUCGUCCACUGCCCUUCGUCCUAGCUCGCCCUUGCCUGCCCCGUCUCGUUACACUGAGCAGCCGGUCUCCCUUACAGAGCGUCGUGAGCCUGCGUCUCAUCCUGUCUCCCCUGUUCGCGCUGGUCGCACCGCUCGUCGUGUCCUGCGUCCGUGUCCUCCUCCUGUGCCAGGUAUUCACACUAUGGCACUUCGUCCUUCCUCUGCUCCACAGCGCGUCCCUCUGCCGUCUCCUCCUGCGUCCUCUCUUCCUGAGAUUCCUGACCCUGAGUCUGACCGUGUUCGUGCUGCAAGCCCUAAUGUCAUCCGUCUCCUGGCUACUGUUGUCACUGACCCGUCGUUUGAGUCCACUGCUGCGUCUGCCUUAGUUGCUAAGCUUGUUGACUUUGCUGCUGUGUGUCGUCUAGACUACGCCGCCAGUCUUGUUGCAGAGUCAAAGUCUGUCUGUCCUCCGUCUGUCGGGGGUGAGUGUGCUCUUGGCACGGACGUCUUUGAGGACAGGCAGGAGGACUUUGAGUCUCUUGCGGCUGCUGUACCUCAUCUCGUGGCCUGGCUGCUUGCACCUGAGGGAGACCCAGAUGCACUGGACAUCCCGACCCUGCGCUCUUACGCAGAGGCGAUCACGGGUCUCUACUCCUCUCAGUGGCAGACAGCCAUGGACGCAGAUAUGGCAUCCUCGAAGUCCACAGGCACCUACGUCGACGAGGUUCCCCCUCCUGGGGCGAACAUAGUCGAUGGCAUGUGGAUUUUCAGGGUGAAGCGGCCGCCGGGUUCUCCGCCUGUCUUCAAGGCGCGUUACGUUGCACGAUGCUUCUGUCAGCGACAGGGAGUUGACUUCUUCCAGACCUUCUCCCCUACCCCGAAGAUGACCAUUCUUCGGGUGCUGCUGCACGUUGCCGCUCAGCGUGACUACGAGCUUCACUCUCUUGACUUCAGCACAGCUUUCUUGCAGGGCAGCCUGCACGAGGAGAUCUGGCUGCGCCGCCCACCUGGCUUCACUGGGUCGUUCCCUCUUGGUACCCAGUGGAGCCUCCGACGGCCAGUCUACGGUCUCCGCCAAGCGCCUCGUGAGUGGCACGACACACUGAGGAUGACACUUGCGGCUCUUGGGUUUGCUCCCUCCACUGCUGACCCGUCGUUGUUUCUUCGCACCGACACUUCUCUGCCGCCAUUCUACAUCCUCGUGUACGUCGACAACUUGGUCUUUGCCACUGCUGACACUGAGGCACUCGCCCUUGUGAAGUCGAAGCUGCAGAAGAGACACACCUGCACUGAUCUGGGUGAGCUGCGCAACUACCUUGGCUUGCAGAUCACCCGGGAUAGAGCACGCCGCACCAUUACCCUGACUCAGUCACACAUGGUGCAGCAGGUCCUUCAGCGCUUUGGCUUCCAGUUCUCCUCACCACAGUCCACUCCUCUGUCUACCGGUCACUCGCUCUCAGCUCCACAUUCGGACGAGUCCGUAGAGUCGAGUGGCCCGUACCCAGAGCUUGUGGGUUGCCUCAUGUACCUGAUGACCUGCACUCGACCUGACCUUGCGUACCCUCUUAGCAUCCUAGCUCGCUACGUUGCGCCUGGGAGACACCGGCGAGAGCACUGGGAGGCUGCUAAGAGGGUGCUGCGCUACUUGUGCAGUACAUCAGGCAUGGGGCUCGUGCUUGGAGGACGGGGUGACGUUGUCCUCAUUGGACACUCAGACGCCUCUUGGGUUGACGACCUGGCUACACAGCGGUCGUCACAGGGUUACACCUUCAGCCUUGGUUCCGGCUUUGUCUCUAAGCGGUCUACCCGCUCUUCUUUUGUUCUCAGCUCCAGUUGUGAGGCUGAGAUCUAUGCCACAGCCAUGGCUGCACAGGAGUUACGCUGGCUCACCUACCUGUUGACUGACUUGGGAGAGCGGCCUCGUUCUCCUCUAGUUCUGUACGGUGACAACAAGGUAGCCCUCGCCUUGUGUUAG